UUUGCACAAAGGACCUAUAUAUGAAAUUCUAAAUUUCUCCAACUCCGUAACUGCAAAUUGUCCUCAAGACUCCCGCUCGCCGCCGAACCAAUGCCGCCGCCUCCAUGGCCGGCAAUCUCUCCGGGGCCGCCGCCACGCCAUGGAAGCGGCUCCGCAAGCUCGUCUCCGACGGCCGCUACAGUGAAGCUCUACUCUCCUACUCUCGCGGCCAUGCGUCCGGCCUCCGCCCAGGCGCCUUCACCUUCCCGUGCCUCCUCAAGUCCUGCGCCGAGCUGAAGGCCACCCCCGCCGCGCUCCAGCUCCACGCGCAACUCGCCAAGUCGGGCCUCUCCUCCUGCCCGUACGCGGCCACAGCCCUGACGAGCACCUACGCGCGGCUCGGGCGCCUCCGGGACGCGCGCAGGGUGUUCGACGAAAUGCCGGAACGAACGGUCCCGUGCUUUAACGCGCUCGUGGCCGGACUCGCGCAGCGGGGGGAGGCCGGCGAGGCGAGGCGCGUGUUCAGGCUCCUCCUCCGGGAAGAAGGGCUGCUGCUGAGCUCAGUCACCGUUGCAAGCGUGCUGCCUGCUUGUGCUGGGGUCGAGCAGGGGGAGCAGCUGCAUGGACUUGUGGUGAAGACUGGGGAUUGUUUGGAUCGCUAUGUUGCGACGGCACUCAUCACAAUGUACUUGGAUUGUGGGGGUGUAAGCUCGGCGAGGAGGGUUCUUGAGUUCAUGGUGGACAAGGGUGUCGAGAGUUACAAUGCCAUGGCUUCCGGAUUGUUGAGGAAUGGUGAACACUCCAUGGCUCUGGGUACUAUCAAGGAAAUGGUAUUUGAGUUCAGUGAAGAACCUAAUGAGACGACUUUGCUGGUAAUCCUCUCAGCGUGCUCUAGUAUGUCAGUGUUGUUACAUGGUAAAGAGGCCCAUUGCUAUGUCCUGAAGCGAGGGAUGGAUUGUAACAUUAAGAUUGGGACCGCACUUGUUGACAUGUACUCGAAGUGUGGAUCCUUGGAGUGUGCUUACCUGGUUUUCUCAGUCAUGAAGGUGCGGAACUUGGUGUCUUGGAAUACCAUGAUCUCCAGUUUUCUGAUACACGAGAAGCUCGCAGAUGCCUUGGGGUUGUUUGAACAGCUAAGGUUGAAAGGAUUCGAUCCUGACAGCAUUACAUGUGGUUUGAUGAUUAAUGGGCUUGCACAUCAUGGGAGGUUCGCUGACGUCUUCUCAUUUUUCUGCAAGAUGCGAUUGGAGGGAGUGUCAUGUGCAAGUCUGGAAACCAUGACAAGUUUGUUGAAUGCUUGUUCAGCCAUGUCAGAUAUCCAGAGUGGGAAGGUGAUUUAUUGCCAUGUAAUUCGAACAAUGCAAGACUUUGAGGAUGAUGUUUUCCAGACAACAGUGAUUGAUAUGUUUAUGAGCUGUGGAUGUGACUUGUAUGCUGGCAGAGUAUUUGAUAAAAUCAAGAGGACAUUGACUGAUCCAGUUGUGUGGAAUGCAAUGAUUUCUGGUUAUGGGAAGUGUGGGAAAAACGAUUUAGCAUUGCAAACCUUCAAUGAGAUGCUUGAGCAGCAAGUGCAGCCCAACUCCGCCACCUUCUUGUGUGCUCUUUCAGCCUGUAGUCACGCUGGAUUAGUCCAAAAAGCAAUGCAUAUGUACCAAAUGAUGGAGAUUAUGUACAAGAUCAACCCAACUGUUGAACAUUUGAGCGUCAUGGUUGAUCUUUUUUGCCGUGCUGGAAAGAUAUAUGAAGCUUAUGAUCUAUUACUGAAACAUCCUAAUGCACCAGCUUCAAUGUGGUAUUCUUUCCUUGGUGCGUGUAGAAACUGCUGUAAUGUGCAUCUUGGUGAAAUAGCAGCGACAAAGCUUUAUGAUUUGGACCCUACGAGCAUAACUCCAUGGGUAAUUUUAUCCAACAUAUAUGCUGCACAAGAUCGAUGGAGUGAAGUGGAGAGAUUGAGGGAACUGAUGUUAGACAAGAGCCUCUCCAAAGUUUCAGCCUAUAGUGAACUUGUAUGAAACUCCUGUUGUUUCUUUCCUUGAUUGGAAGGAAAUGGCUCCUCUACGUUCCAAUACAAAGGCAUGAGCAUUUCUUCACAUGUCAGCCAUCUGUUCAUAACAGAAGUCAGUUUCUUGCUAGAAAUAAUGGGACCGAGAGAUAAGGGAGAGUCAUCCCCACCUCAGUGCCCUGAUCGGUGGUGCAACCAACCUUGGUUGCGGUCCCGUUCCACACAGCGCCACAAUAUAAAGGGGAACGUCGGGGCUCGUGAGCGUGUGCAGCAAUGGAGCGAAGACUGCCGCCGCUGCCGUGACUUCACCGAAGUGCUUUACCUACGACAACACGCUCCUCAUCCUCGACUAUGGUGUCACCGAACAACGGUUAGUUCUCACGCUUCCGUAAUUAAGACAUGUCUGUCUUUAGGGCUAAUGAUGAUUUAAGAUGAACAUAAGUAUCUAACAAUGGUAUCAGAGCCCGAAUUAGUCCUAAACAGACCUAAUUAGGCUUAAUUAAGGUUAAACUAUGAUCGGUUGACGCCAAUUAGUGGUUGAUUAGUUUUAAUCUUGAUCGGUUUAAGCAUAUUGAUGAUCAAUUAUGCGUUUUAAGUUCAAAUUAGGCUCGGAUCAAUGCUCAUAUUCAUGUUUUAGGCUGUUUAUGUUUCGGAUUAAUGUUAAUUGAGCAUGUGUUAAGUGAUAAUUAGCCCUAAUUAGCGUCGGAUUAGAUCACAUGUUCAUGUAUUAGGGGUUUUAUGGCUCAGAUUGUGUGAUCUUGUGUGCUGCUCGGAUCGGUUUGAUGGCUUAGGGCAUGUAUAAGCCUCGGGUAGCACUUAGAAGGAGGGGAAUUUGGGGAAUCCAAAAGAACCCCAAUGAAAAACCUAAGAAAAUUCUCCAAUUCCCCAAAUCCGAACCAUUAUUUCUCAAUCCUGAAAGCCUAAACUGCAAAACCACCCAAUCAGAACCCUAAGCUAAGAAAGAUGGAAGACUUACAUGCUUUAUGAGGCAUCUCUUGCCGUGGAGGACGUCGGAGUUGCCCAAACCCCUCCUUCUCCUGCAAGUUCUCCUUCCAUUUAGGCUUAUCGCGUGCGGAUCAUCCGGCUCAGACCUCCUCGCCUCGUCGCCGUCUUCUUGCUGGCGUUGUAGAUCCGCCGGAGUAUGACUCCCUUUCGCCACGCGCGCUCAUCGCCUUCACGACACCUCCACAGACCGGCUCGACAGAGCUGCGCGCGGCCGUUGUCGCACGCGCGCGUCGGCAAGCCGACCGAUGGCGGCAUCUUCUUGCCUUCCUCCUCUUCUCUCUCGUCGGAUCUGGCUCAGGCGAUCGCCUCUCUCUUUCUCUCUCUCGUAGCGGCCACAUUUUUCGGAGGGGAGGAGAAGGAAUGGGGUAGGGUUAAGGCAACCGGCGUUGGUCGGCGGGUUUUGAUCCGGCGAGAAGGACAGAGGACCGUCGGAUUUGAUCGGGCGGCCGAGAUUUGUUGGGCUCGGGUCACUAGGCUGGCAAGGGAACGUGGGCCAGCGCUCCCUCUGGACCGAGCCGAUGCAUAUGCGCAUGGGCCGCGCAUGAUAUUAAGUGGGCCAGCUCGUUCGCCGGGCCCAUUUUCUAAGAACUUUGGGCUUUUCCAUUUAUUUGGAAUCUUCAGUGAUUUCUAACACUUUCAUUCUUUUAUGCACUGGAAUAUCUAAUGUAAACAGCCCAAAAUUAAUGAUGAUUAAUGCACAAAAUCACGAUUAAUUCUCUGGACGAAUUGGAACCAACGAGAAGAUUUUUUCAGAGAUUUUUUAUGAUCAAUUUAUGUAGGUUCAUAAUUACUUUCUAACCAAAGUUGACUGUAAUUAUACGCCAUUUUAUGCGUUCAUUCAAAUUCUUUUCCGUUUUCUGCCCAACGGUGAUGCGGAUUAGAGUUUUAAUUUUUUGCAUGAUCUUAAUCAGAUCAACGUAGGGUUAUUUUCGUGCAAAUUAUUUUUUUAUGAUAAAUUUUUUAAUUUGGCCU